AUGUCGCACGUCGGCUGCGUCAAGGAAGAAAGGACCAAGUGGCGGUGCUCAAAUCACAUCAAACCGGAGCAUGCCUCUUUGCGGGUAUCGAACUCGGCAUUACAUGGGCCGGCGGCCUCCGGACAGCCCGAGGGACCGGUCACACGGCCCCCGGCGGUGACAUCUGGACCGGCCUCCGGACAGCCCGAGGGACCGGUCACACUGCCCCCGACAGGAACGUCUGGCUCUACCCCUGGACAGCCCGAGGGACCGGCGAUGCAGCCCCCGGCGGUGACAUCUGGGCCGGCCUCCGGGCAGCCCGAGGGACCGGCGAUGCAGUCCUCGGCGGUGACAUCUGGGCCGGCCUCUGGACAGCCCGAGGGACCGGCGAUGCGGCCCUCGGCGGUGACAUCUGGGCCGGCCUCCGGACAGCCCGAGGGACCGAUCACACAGCCUCCGGCGGUGACAUCUGAGCCGGCCUCCGGACAGCCCGAGGGACCGGCGAUGCAGCCCUCGGCGGGGACAUCUGGGCCGGCCUCCGGACAGCCCGAGGUACUGGUCACACGGCCCCCGGCGGUGACAUCUGGGCCGGCCUCCGGACAGCCCGAGGGGCCGGUCACACGGCUCCCGAUGGGGACAUCUGGGCCGGCCUCCGGACAUCCCGAGGGACCGGCGAUGCAGCCCUCGGCGGGGACAUCUGGGCCGGCCUCCGGACAGCCCGAGGUACUGGUCACACGGCCCCCGGCGGUGACAUCUGGGCCGGCCUCCGGACAGCCCGAGGGACCGGCGAUGCAGCCCCUGGCGGGGACAUCUGGGCCAGCCUCCGGACAGCCCGAGGGGCCGGUCACACGGCUCCCGGUGGGGACAUCUGGGCCGGCCUCCGGACAUCCCGAAGGACCAUGGACAUCUGACUCAUUUAGUAGCGAAACAGUGCCGGGCCCGCCGGCCGACAUAAAGCUGGUCUCCCUGUCGCCCACGUCCAUGCUGGUGUCGUGGCUACCCCCGAGGGAGCCGCGCGGACCCAUUCUGCGCUACCUGGUCUACCAGCGCAAACAGGCCACUAACAAAGAGGUGAGGCAAUGGCAAACAUAUCCCUAA